AUAAUCACCAAAACGAAAAUAAAAAAUAAAAAAAAAUGUCAAAUCUCCAAACAGAACUGAACUGAACUGAACUUGUCUUCGUCAUCAUAUCAUAUCACAUUUAAGUUCUGACAUCGGAUUGUCUGACAGUCAUAUCACAUCUUGUACAACGAACCUUGGUCAUAUAAGGAUUCAAAGCGUAUAGGCUGGCAAGAAAGGAUAAUGUCAGCAUUUGGUGGGAUGUCAAACCUUACCAAUGGUAAUGGGUUUGACUUUAAAUCGAACCAAAAUGGAUUCAAUCCAAAAUUUAAUAAUGGGUUCAGCGAUCCACGAAGGAGUGGUCAAGGUAAUAAAUCAACUAAUAAUAGUAAUAACAAUCAAUCUAAUCGGGCUAAUGGUACAGCACUGUCUAAUAAUAAUAGAGGUAACAGGCAAGGAAACAGUAAUAAUAAUGGUGCCAAGGGCCAGCAGAGGAAGAAACAACCUCAACAACAAUCACAACCAUUGAAAACAGAACGAAAUAAUCGAACUGAACUGCCGAUGCCAAUGCCAGUGGAAGAUGAUCCAUUGGAUAUACCGACAACUGUUAUCCCAAGACAAUCACAAUUACAAUAUCAAAAUUAUUCAUCUAAUGAAAUAUCAUUAACGGGUAAUUUAUUCAAUUCACCUCAGGAUUUAAAUCAAUUUAAACGAAUCCCUCAAAAGAACAUACGACCUCGUCCUAUACCGAAAUAUUUAUUAAUUCAACCUAGAUUAUUACAUACUCCAACUUUCCAACAGAAUGCUUGGGAUCAACAAAAUCAAGCAAAAAUGAGAGAAAUGGAAUUAUCAAAUGGUGGUAAAGAUUAUCAAGGAUUAUAUGAAGAGUUUCAAAAAAUGAGAGAAAUCGAAAGGAAACAAAUGGAACAGUUAGGAUUAGUCGAUGCUGAAAAUAUUAGUAAAGAUUUAAAUGAUGCCAUUUCAUUUCAAGGUACUUGUUUAGAUAUGUGUCCUGUAUUUGAAAGAGUAAGAAGAGCAUUAGAAAAUAACGUUAAGGCUUUAGAAAGAGAUCCUAUAUCUAAGAAAAUCGCUCCUGAAAGAGCUGUUAAAGCAUUUUCAAGACCUGCUGCUGGUCAGCCACCUCCAUUACCUUCAGAAGUUCGUCCUCCUCAUGUUUUAAAACAAUCAUUAAAUUAUUUAGUUGAUACUGUUCUUGAUCAAUUACCUGAAGCUCAUUCAUUCAUAUGGGAUAGAACAAGAUCAAUCAGACAAGAUUUCACUUAUCAAAAUUCAUUUGGACCAGAAGCAAUUGAAUGUAAUGAAAGAAUCGUUAGAAUUCAUUUAUUAUCCCUUCAUGUCAUGGCUGGUAGUGAUGUUGAAUAUUCCCAACAACAAGAAUUAGAACAAUUUAAUAAAGCCAUGCAAACUUUAAUUGAAAUUUAUCGCGAUGUUAGAAAUAAUGGUGGAAGUUGUCCUAAUGAAGCUGAAUUUAGAGCUUAUCAUCUUUUAAGUCAUUUGAGAGAUCCUGAAUUAGAAAGAGAAGUUCAAAACUUACCUAGUCAUAUUUUCCAAGAUCCAAAAUUACAAUUGGCUAUCAGAUUAAGACAUAUCAUAUCUCAAAAUAAUAUAGCGGAAAGAGGAGUGGCUAAUACUAUUGGAGCAGUGAAUUUAUUUGCAGAAUUUUUCCAAGUGGUUUUCGAUAGUUCGACUACUCCAUUCUUAAUGGCAUGUUUACUUGAAACUCAUUUUAAUGAAAUCAGAUUCUAUGCUUUGAAAGCUAUGGUAAGAUGUUAUCAUUCAAAGGGUAAAGCAUAUUCUGCUGAUGCUCUUAAAUCUAUUCUUGGUUUUGAUUCAGUAGAGAAACUUAUUAAAUUUGUUACUUAUUAUGAAAUUGAUACUAUGGAAGAAGAUGGUGAAAUUAAAGUGGAUUUAUUUAAUAAAGAAAAAUUGGAAACUAAAUAUAAAUUGAAUUCAGCUCAAGAUAAAGCUAAAUUUACUCCAUCAUAUUCUCGUCAAUUAGUGAUGAAUGGAAGUUAUCGUGAUAUUAUUAAUUCUGGUAAUGAUUCAGUAGUAGGUUUAAACCCUGAUCAGGUUAAUUCAUUCCAGAAAGUUCUUCCACCUCCUUCCCAAACAGUUAAAUCAUUCGGACAAUCUUCUUUUGGUCAAUUUGGUCAACCACUCAGUCAACCAUUUGGUCAACCUCAACAAGCCAAAUUACCGCCUAUCACUAAACAAGAGCCAGCAUUUAGUUUUGCUCCAACUAUAGUCAAAGAGCCAGUCUCAACACCACUGGUUAAUACUCCACCAGCAUUUUCAUUUGACCCACCAGCACAACAACCGCAAGCACAAGCACCACCACAGCAGCCAAUACCACCAGUUGAAAAGUCCACAUUCGGAUUCUCAAAGCCUCAGUCUGUGGCAUCAAUUACUCCUUCAUUCAAUAAACCAAUUAAAGAAAUUAAGACUACUCCACUUAAAUUCGAAAUCAAACCAUCAACUCCAUCUCCUCUUGCCAUUCCUACCAAACUUCAAGAAAUCAAACUGAUACCAGAAUUCAAAAAAGAAGAAAUAGUCGUAAAGAAACCAACUAUAAUACCACCUCCUGCAGCUCCGAAGAAAAUCAAGUUAACAGAUCAUCCUCAAUUUGGACUUGCUUUAAAACAAAUCACUGAUGAGAUAUUUAAUGAAUCAAUAGUAUUGGAAUUGAAAGCUUUAUUACCUAAAUUAAGUCAUUUACAUAAUUUAAAGAAAGAACAUGGUAAAGUCAUACAAACUUUAAGUAAUGAGUUGUAUAAUGCAUUUUUAAGUGAAAUCAUUUAUCAAGAAAUCAUGAAUGCCACCGCCGAUUUCCAAUUCAAGAAGAGUUUACAAAAGAGAAUGAUUCAGAAAUUAAAUGUCAUUGGAGGUAAAUUAAUUAAGAAACGAGAAAUUAGACAAAAGAAAUUACAAGAAUUGAAAUCAGUUCAAUUUAAAGUUCCUCAAAUUAAACGUCCUAAAUCAAGUAGUGAUACAUCCAUGACUCAAAGAUCAAAGAAGAUUAAGGUUAGUAAUACUUCUAUAAUGGAGAAACAGAAUAAAGUUAAUGAAUUAUGGUCUCCGAUCGAUCUUAAUCAAUUUGUUAAUAACUGUACCAAUAACGUUAAGAUAUCGAUUGAGAAUGAGAAUCUUAAUUUGAAAUUCCUCUUAAUUGUGGAGAAUUGGUCCAGUCCAUAUUCAAAAUGGUUGAAUACUAAAUUAUCAUUAAAACCAAAUCAAGUGGAAAAGACUUAUCAAAAUAUAAUCACUAAUAAUAAAAUCACUCUUAAUUUGUUGAGUUUACCAGGCCAAGAUUAUUUAAGUAAAGAUUUCUUCUCUACUACUUCGUUUAUACUCUUUGAAUGUGGUUUAACUGGUGAUUCGAAUGGAAUCAGUAUUGAAGAAAAACUUAAAAAGGAUAGAUUGGUCUUGGAGAAGAUUAUUUCAUUGGUUGAUAAAUUCAGUUAUUAUAAAGUUCAAGUAUUGGUUGUUUAUUGGGAUGCUUCAUCGCUGGGGUCAAUAGUUGAUGUGAUUGAUUUAUUGGGGUUAUCUUCAUUUGAAUCAGAUAAGAAGAAUGUUAGUAGUAUUGUAUUUUGUGAUAUGACCGUUGAAGAUGGAAAUAUCAGUAAUAUUCUUAAUAAUGCUUUCAAAGAUCUUAGUAAGAAGUUCACAUUAGAGUUAACAUCAAGAGGAACUAAAAAAUUAGAUCGAAUCAAUCGAAAGAAGAAACCCCUUUUAAUUGAGAAACCAAUUGAAAUACCUAAACUUAUUGAAGAGAUCAAAGAAACUGAAAAUAAUUUACUUGAGAAAGCCAAGAGAACAAGAAGGUUUGAAUAUUUGAACAAUCAUUUGAAUACAUCCAAAUCAUCAAUUCAUUUAAAGCCUACUACACGUCAUAAAUUUGAUAAUUCUACCUUUGUAGAGAACAAUACUACCAUGUUAUCCAACAUGACUACCAAUAAUAUCAAUGUAUCUACAUUAUUGGGUUUUGGUAAAGGUUUUAUGGAAGAAAGUACUCCUGCCAGUUCACCAAAUUCAAAGAGAACAUACGAUGUCACUGAUGAGUACUCCAAACCAUUGCCAAAGAAUGUACAGCAACUCCGAGAGUUGACUGCAGGUAUCAAAUCUAAAUAUAGAAAGAAACAAACCUGAGAAGGAGCUUACGUUAAAUCAAAUCACAAGCAGUAGAUAUUCCUUCCAACUAUCACUAUACCUCCCUUUGUAUUAUACUUUUUAAUCACCAACAUUAUCAUAGCAUUAUAAUUAUAUAUAUAGCAUCUUAGCAUCUUAGCAUUUAAUAAUAUAUACCAUUUGUAUACUUUAAGCAUAGUAGAAAUCCAUUUCCUGCAUAUACCGAAUCUACUCCUUUAAUUAUUUUUUUUCCAGAGUGAGAGUGAGUGGGAUCCAUUUCGAUUUCAAUUUUGACACACAUUCUUUAAAAUCUGGUUGAAAGUCAGAGGUUUCAGUUGUCCAUUGAUAAUCAAUCGAUUCAUUUGAUAGUAUAGUUGACCAUGGAUCUUUUAAAGGACGCCGCUAAGAACAUCAGUCUUUACGAUGUCAAGGCUUAUGUUCGUAAA